CGCUUUACUCUUUCAAAGAGGACUGCAACUGCGACAGAUAUUGCAAUUUUAUUUUGAAUUGGUAUCAUCUUCAGUCGAUGGCAGCAGGGAAUUGGGCAAACGAAGACGAACUGGAGCUCGUUAACGAGGAUGGCUUCGUCUACAAGCGUCGGAAGAAGUUUCAUCUUGACCCAACCGCUACUCCGAAGCUAAAAGAUCCGGCAGUUGAGGAGAAGAAUCGACUGCAAAGGAAGAAAAAGGCGCUCAUGAAAAUCAAAGACAGAUACCAAAAGGAGAUCAACCAAUGGGAACUUUUAUCAACAACAAUGAGUGAAAUGCAGCAAAAUCAGCCAACCCCUUAUCAAGAAAGGGACACUCUAUCAUUCAACUCGCCAGUCAAGUCAUCGAAUCCGACUUGCCAACCCCUUGUUGAUCAGCUCCUUACUCAGGUUGAAGCACAGGAAGCUGUAAUUGGCAACAUAUCAAAACUUUGUGAUGUUGUUGAAGCUGUCUGGACUGCACAAGAAGAAAAAAUGAAACAGUCAGUUUUGGACCUCCCAAUCUGGGCACACACACCUGGUGAAAUUAUUUCUUCCCUGUGUUCAGAUUGAGUUCUGCAAGAGAACUUUACCAGGGAAAAAUUACGGCGAUGUGUCUUCGGGUUUGUUGCCUUUAUUCAGUUUCUUAGUUUGAGUUUGUUUUGUAUAUAUUCUUCUUGGAUCUUCCAGCUUCAAAUGAUGGGAAUGACCACUUAGAUUCAGGAA